AUGGCCGCGACGGAACACCACCUCCAUCCCUACACUGGCUACUUUCUUGCAUAUCCAGACGACAAAGCGAGCUAUUGGCGAGAGCAAGGUUUCGCAAAGGGAGAGGGAAUGGUAACUACCAUCUCGGACGAGCAGCCACCAUUCUUACAUUGGGUUUAUGUGGAUAGGGUCACCUGCGAGGUUAAACACGGUGUCAGAAAGGAGGCCGAGGGACACGUGGUGGGACCUUGGGAUGUUACGAAGAUUGAUCGGAGAUUGACCUGUGAGGGUUGGGAAGGGUUUGUGGCGGUACAAGAGGAGGAUGGGAGCGAUCUUUGGGCUUUGUACUUCGAUCGUGCGGAUAAUGGGUUGAGGGGACAAGGGAGAAUAGGAGAAGAGGAUAAGAGGAUGUUGUAUGUGGAUGUUUGGAGGAAGGAACCGAGGAAGGAUUUCCAGAGUGCUGUUGAUGAGAGGGUGGAGAGGAUACAGGAGAGGAGGGAAAAGGAGGCCGAGAAAGAGGAAAGAAGGGAGGAGGAGCAGGAUCAAGAUGCUGAGAAACUGGAUUGA